GUUAUGGCGUUACUUGAUGUUGCGGCACAUCUGGGAGGAACACCUGAAAAGAGUUUCGGCAUUCAGCAACUACCGUGUGUAUGGUAUAACUUGGGCACCAAUUCCUUUUUUCCGUUAUUGCAGGUCAUCAUGAGAGAACCCGAGCCGCCCAUUAAUGAUCGGCAACAGCUAAUUUCCCCCUUGUCUAGGGGACACACAACCCUCCAUCAAGCGCCUUGACGCAACCGGAAAUGCCUCCUGCUGAUCUCGAUUUCUGAGAAGGGACAUACCAUGUUUCCUAGGAACAGAUCUUGGCCCCUCUUCCUGCUACGACCAACUUACGUCCGAUAGGCUCGCAGGGGAGUCAACUGGGCCGCAUGCUGUUGGCAGCUGCUUCUCUUAACGGUAUCAAGUAUCCGCCGGCGUGUGCCCAGCGGUCGGGCAGAUGACAUGACUAGCAUGCACCUGCCAAUGCGUCUCUUUGGCAAGGUCGUAUGUCCGGGAGGUGUUGGCGGCUUUGAGCACCUAUAUAUUCCUGGAUUCCUGGACAGAGCAUUACAGACCAGACAGUGGAGGCCUCCAAAGUUUCUGAACCACAGUCGACAUCCCACAAAUCUCUCCAUGUAUUCUACCCAGCCUACCAGCAACUGGAGUGUAGAUGAUGAUGUGUUAUUGAUCGAGAACGGACAUCUUGAAAAGAUUAGUGCUUGCCGCUGGAUUCUCGGGAACGGCAUGCUUUGCAACGAACUGGUAAAAGGCAAAGAUUUCUCUGGUCAUCUUAGAGGGCGUCACGGAGUGGUCGAGGCACCCUCAUUGCAGCAUAGAUGCCGCUGGGAAGGCUGUCAGCAGCAGCAGUUUAACAGGGACUGCUUAAUCCGCCACGUGAGGGAGCAACACCUCCUGUGGCGUUGGCCGUGCCCCUACUGCCAUCAACUCUUCACUCGCAAGAGUACCAUGCUUGAUCACCGUGACAACCUUUGUCCAUACAGAAGGGUUUGAAGCUUUGUUGUCGACCAGCUGCACUGGAUUUACGGCUCCUGAUGUCGGCUUGACGGCAUCCUUUUGUUGUACAUUGAGCUUGUUGUAAUCGUAACUUCUGUGGUUAUG